AGUUAAAAAAAUAGAAAAGCUGUAACUAUUGAAGCAGCAUGCACCUAAUAAGCUACUUCUAAAUCUGGUUCCAUCAUUUCAAUCUGUGGAGUAGCAGAACAGACCUUGCAGAAUCUUUUUCAACACGGCUACAAAGAAGGUACAACAUGAGAAGAAGAGUUCAUGGAGCAACUGGCUAAAGCAGAAGCUGAGCAAGAAAAAGCUGAUGUUGGCAGAGGACAGAAGGUAUUUUGAGGAGUCAUUCACAGUCAAGGCCUCUGCGGCAGAGAUGGAGAAAAUAAGGGUACGAAAUUCCUGGGUGCCAACCUGCCUAUGGCAACCUAGAAUUCUCCAGGGCAGGCUCGCAAAAUCUUCACCUACUCUCUGGGACAGUACUUUGCAAGAACAGAAGGGGGAAUUACGAAAGCGUCUAUCGUACACUACCCAUAAACUGGAAAUGCUUGAAACAGAAUUUGAUUCUACACGUCAGUAUCUUGAAAUAGAAUUGAGACGUGCUCAGGAGGAACUUGAAAAAGUAACUGAAAAACUGAGAAGGAUACAAAACAAUUACCUAGCCUUACAAAGAAUUAAUCAGGAUCUGGAGGAUAAACUUUACAGAAUGGGUCAACAUUAUGAAGAGGAAAAACGGGCUUUGAGCCAUGAAAUAAUUGCACUCAAUAAUCACUUAAUAGAGGCCAAGGUGACAAUAGAUAAGUUGUCAGAAGACAAUGAGCUCUAUAGGAAGGACUGCAAUUUAGCUGCUCAGUUGCUCCAGUGCAGCAAGAAUUACGACAGGGCACAUAAGCUUUCAGAGUUGCCAUCUGACUUUCAGGAAAGAGUCAGCAUCCAUCUGGAAAAACAUGGGUGUAGCCUUUCUGUCCCCCUGUGUCACACAUCUUACGCUGAUUCCAUACCCACUUGCGUCAUUGCCAAAGUACUGGAAAAACCAGAUCCAAACUGCUUGUCUUCACACUUAUCAAGCCCAUCUACAAAGGAUCUCAGUUUUCAGGACUCUGAGGGAAAACUCGGACAAAGACCCCAGUACAAGUCAGACAUUUACUGCAGUGACACUGCCCUUUACUGCCCUGAGGAGCGGAGGAGGGAGAGGAGGCAGAGUGUGGACACACAAGCGAAAGACAUGGGGUUCCUGCGGUCCCAGAACUCCACAGACAGCACCGUUGAGGAAGACGGUUUCCAUUCCAGCUUCUCUCAUGAAGCCUUCCCAGAGUACAUUACCUCUCUGCCGACCUCCAGUUCCUAUUCCAGCUUCAGCGUCACAUCCGAGGAGAAGGAGAAUGCCCAAGCCAACACACUGACAGCCUCUCAGCAAGCAAUCUACAUGAGCAACCGAGAUGAACUAUUUGAAAGAAAGUCACCUGCAGGUUAUGAGCACCAGGGAAGUCCUAGGUUUGCCAAGUCCAAACCUGCACAGCACAUGGAGCUUGCCACUGACGACAAUGAGAACUCACCUACUUUUACAAGGACUGUGCCUCCGUAUGCAAACGAACCUUUUCAUUUCUCAGCCAUAACACCACAGCAGGCUUUAGCAAAUCAGAAAAUGAGGAAUGAGUGCAGGAACACCCACCUUUCAGAAGAAGAUUUGCCUGGGCGAUGGAGGCAGUUGAGUGUGGAAGACAUUGGUGCAUACUCUUACAGGAACACAGACAGGCUGUCACCCUGUAGUUUUUCCGAGCAGUACUACAGCAGCCCUAUUAAGAAAGGAGACAGUCGAACAAGCCCCAUCUAUGCUAGUUAUAAAGCAGAUAGCUGCUCAGAGGGAGACGAUAUCUGCCAAAGCAGACUUGUGGAUUCUUGCUUCCUGAGAGCAGAGAGUGGCCUAAAUAUUGACAUCAGCACUAGCUGUAAACAGGACAAAUUGCCCACUUACAAAACAAAAGAAUCAAGAGACCAAAAAAAUGAAAGGAUCACCGUCCAGUUAUGCAGUAGCAAAAACAUUGAAAGCAGCCCAGUACUGAAAAGAGAAUAUGUGGACGUGAGCCCCAACAGCUCAGCAGAAUCCCUUAAUCAGAGUUCAGUGGAGGCUUCAGAAAUCCACCAGUCUUCCAUGGAGCAGGGGAGCCAUUCAGGUAUUCACAGCAAGCAGCAGCAGUUUCAGCGGACUGGGAGUACUGGUUUGACUCGGAAGGACAGCCUUACAAAAGCACAAUUAUACGGAACCCUUCUGAACUAAGUGUCUUCCAAAUCGGCAAUAAGACAACAAGCAAAAGGAAGCAAAGAGCAUUUGAUACUUCUAAUGAACAAUAAGGUUCUAAGAAACAGGAUUAUUAUAAAAUAUAUAUUCAUAAUGGUACUAUAUGUUUAAAGCAAAAUCUCUUAAAAAAUGUUAUACAGCACUUUUCACUUAACAUCCUCUCCACAUGGGAGACUGCCCCCUUCCCUCUUUUAUAAACCUGAAAUAUUUUUAUAAACAAAAUGGUAUUUAUUAGACUAUGCUAAGCUAUUUGAGCAGAAUUCUUUUCCCUUCAAGCAGGUUUCUUAUUUAUUUUUGUGCAUGAGGCCAUCCGUGCCUGAACUCUAGGAGGAAAAGGGUAAAAUCAUGACAGCGAUGAUAAAAAAUAAAUCCACUUGAUAAAAUACCACAAAAUGUCAUAUAAAAUACCACAAAGCAAACAAAGAUGGUGAAUUUGAAGAAGUAUAUUUUUUAACAAGAAUGGAAUUGUAUCUUAAGUUAUUUCAUACAAAUGUAUUUAUGAGUGACUAAUGUAUGCACAAAGUGAUACUAAUAUUUUGUUCUUUCAAUCCACUGUGUUUCUGCUUUCCUAUUUUUCCUUGUAUACUACCUCAAAAGUAAUUGAGGGUUUCUUUGUCACAUUUUCUGUAGGCUUGCAUUUAUAUUGUCUAAAAUGCAUGCAGUGUCAUAAUUAAUACUGUAUUUUGCAUUACUUAAUAAAAGACACCAGUGGAGAUA